CAACCAGCCCUCACUCUCUCACCCCUCCCCUCUGGAAUCCUUUGCCCGCCCUCUCGCCCCCCGGGGAGUGCGCACGCGUCCGCCCCCUACUUCGCGCCCAGAUCACCGCCUAUCCUUCUCGCGCAGCCGCUGUCUCGUCUGCCCGCCGACGAAGCAUGGGCGUCCAGGGCUUCCAAGAGUUCCUGGAGAAGCGCUGUCCCGGGGCCGUGGUGCCCGUGGACCUCCUCAAACUCGCGCGCACGGUCUCGCGCCAGCAGCACCAGCAUCGCCAGCUGCCGCCUCCGGCCGCCCUAGUUCCCGGGGCCCCACUCGCAGCCAGGUUCUCCGCGCCUCUGCAACCACCGCUCCCGCCCGCUGCCUACUCCGGGAGAGCGGGGCCGACUCGGCACCAUCAUCCUUCUCACCACUUCCACCACCACGGUCAGGCGCACCUCGGGCUGUACCCACCGCCGCCGCCGCCGCCGCCGCCGCCUCCUCCUCCUCCUCCUCCUCCUCCUCCUCCUCCCCCCCCCCCGCCCCCUCCGCUGCCCCGAGCCCGGGUGCUUGUGGACGCUGGCUCGGCUCUGCCGCGGCUUUAUGGCGGCUACCAGACAGACUGGGUGUGUGGCGGCCAAUGGAAUGCCAUGCUAGGCUACUUAUCAGCGCUGUGCCAGGCUUGUGCCUAUCCUGGCGGCGACGGUCUGGAGCUCGUGGUCAUGUUCCCAGGAGGCCUGGGCAAGGACCGGCUGGCCGAGUGGGGCCGUCGGUGCCAGGCUGAGCGGCAGACAGCGCAACUGAUCGUGGGACACGUGGGCAACAAGGGCACCCCUCCUCCUCGGGCCUGGUUCCUGCCACCGGCCUGCUUGAGCCACUGCGUGAGGCUAGCACUCAUCCGCUUCCGGGUCAAGGUCUUUCAGAGCCUUGAGGACCACCAUUUGGAGGUGGUUGCUUUUUUCAGGGAAAAUGGCUUCCAUGGCCUUCUUGCCCAUGACUCCGAGUAUGCUCUCUACAAUAUUCCCUCUUACUACAGUUCCCAUGCUCUGAAGCUGAGCUGGAAUGGGAAGAACCUCACUACCAACCAGUUCCUAAUGCAGGAGGUGGCCAAGCAACUGGGCCUGAAACGGAUGAAUUUUCCCAUAUUUGCUGCACUGUUAGGUAACCACAUUCUCCCAGAUGAGGACCUGGCAGCUUUUCACUGGAGCCUCUUGGGACCUGAACAUCCCCUUGCAUCACUUAAGGUCCGAGCUCAUCAGCUGGUUCUUCCUCCCUGUGAUGUGGUGAUCAAAGCUGUUUCUGAGUAUGUUAGUUCUAUCAAAGACCCUUCAAACCUGGAUGUGGUUGGGAAGGAUGUUUUCAAACAAUCUCAGUCUAGGACAGAAGAUAAAAUUGAGCGAUUUAAGAAAGCAGUUGAGUACUAUUCAGUCACAACCAAAAUCUCUUCGCUGCCAGUGGGUCCUUCCUCCUUUCCAGGUUUUCGGAAUAAUCGGCUUGGAAAUCCUUCCCUUCCACGAAAUCAAAUGGGCAGUAUCUCUGCUGGAAAGCCAAUGUUUUCUCACCACGUGCCCCAGAAAACAAAAUAUCCAGCACCAUUCCCAGUGGGACCCAACUCGUCUCUUCUCUUCUCCCCCCAUGCUUUUUCUGAGGAUUCCAUGCUGCAAGACAGCCCAUUUGCCAAUUGGGCUGUCUCUUAUGACUCCUCUGCAUCCCAGUUUCCCAAUUAUCUGACUUCCAAAGCUGCACCUUCUUUGGGACCAGACUCUUCCCACUCCUCUUCCUCUGAUGGUGAUGAGCCAAAUGGUGCUAGCUCUGAUCACAUCACAGAAUCACUUCAGCAGCAUCCAGGAUGGGAGGCUCCAAAUGAUGACAGAGAGUCCUGGGUACAGUCCAUCAGUGCUGGAGUUUCAGAUGCCAACCUGGCUGAUGGUGAGCCUCACAUCCCAUCUCUACUGUCUAUGUCUACGCGGAACCACAUGGACAUCACCAUUCCGCCCUUACCUCCAGUAGCUCCAGAAGUCUUGAGGGUUGCUGAACAUAGACACCGAAGGGGUCUUAUGUACCCAUAUAUCUACCAUGUCCUCACUAAGGGUGAGAUUAAGAUCCCCGUAUGUAUUGAGGAUGAGUGUAACAUGGAGCUGCCUCCAGCUGCUCUCCUUUUCCGAUCAGCUCGUCAAUAUGUGUAUGGGGUCCUUUUCAGUCUGGCAGAAACACAACGGAAAAUGGAACGUCUAGCCAUAAGGCGGCGGCUCCCUGUGGAAGUUCCUUCAGUGAUCCUCAAAGAGUGGUCUGCCUAUAAAGGGAAGUCACCUCAAACCCCUGAGCUGGUAUCUGCACUGACAUUUCGAGAAUGGACUUGCCCAAACCUCAAGAAACUCUGGCUAGGCAAAGCAGUUGAGGACAAGAACAGAAGGAUGCGGGCUUUCCUGGCCUGUAUGAAGUCAGACACACCCAGUAUGCUCAAUCCAGCUAAUGUCCCUACCCAUUUGCUGCUCAUGUGCUGUAUACUCCGGUACAUGGUUCAGUGGCCUGGUGGCCGAAUCCUGCAUCGCCAUGAGCUAGACACCUUCCUUGCACAGGCAGUAUCUACACAACUUUAUGAACCAGAUCAACUUCAAGAACUCAAGAUUGAGAAACUAGAUGCCCGAGGGAUCCAGCUUGCUGCCCUCUUCAUGAGCGGGGUUGACACAGCUCUGUUUGCUAAUGAUGCCUGUGGCCAGCCAGUCCCUUGGGAGCACUGCUGCCCCUGGAUUUACUUCGAUGGCAAGCUGUUCCAGAGCAAGCUAAUUAAAGCAGGCCAAGACCGAGUAUCCCUGGUUGAGCUCUGUGAUGGCCAGGCUGACUUGGCAUCCAAAGUGGAAAAGAUGAGACAGAGUAUCCUUGAAGGAGUCAACAUGAACCAUCCACCACCUUCUGCUCUACUUCCAUCACCUACUUUUGUACCUCCCAUGGUGCCCUCUUUGUACCCUGUUUCACUUUAUUCCCGAGCCAUGAGUUCCCUGCCACCUCCUCCUCAAGGAAGGAGCCGGGGGUUUGCAGGUCUCCAUCCCAUUCCACCCCAAGGAGGAAAAUUGGAGAUUGCUGGGAUGGUUGUGGGCCAGUGGGCUGGCACCAGAUCUGCCAGGGGCCGAGGCUCCUUUGGCAUACAAGUGGUUUCUGUCGGUGGGCCAGGAAAGGGGCAUGGAAAAGAAAUGACUGGUAGAGGAUCCAAAGGACAUAAAAAAGGAAAUAAACAAGGCACUUCAGAUGGCGGUUCUAAAUCCCUGGAGCCUCAUCAAGGGCAGUCUCGCUCACAGGUUAAUGGAAACAAUGGCACAUUGAUCAAGGAAGAGAAGAGUGAAUAUCAUCUUCCAGCUCCAGUACAGUGUGCCUUAUUGAGAGACAACGGCAUGUGUAAUAAUGAAAACCGCUACUUACCCAUGAAGAAUGGGGAGAAGAGCCGUUUACGAGAGCAAAAGCUAGGAACUGUGGCACAACAGAAAGAAGAAUAACAAGAAGAAGAUGGCUUCAUUGGAUCAGAAAGAGGGAAAAACCUGUACUUUUCUGAUUUUAGGCCCAAGUUAGAGGAGGACAUAAAUGUUUACCCUAGAUUUAGCCAGGAUUUUUAUGGGAUAUCCUAUUCUAUCCAUCUUUCCCCUUCCCUGUCUUUUUCUGGGGCCUCAGACUUAGUGUCUGCUUCUGGGGGAAGUUCUGGUCAAAGAUGGAUGGCAACAAGACUAGCUCCUAUUCUUAGGUUGAAUAUAUAAUGCCAAUAUACUCUCCAGCUCCCCUGGGAGCAUAGUAAGGCAGUAAUUGUCAAAAAUCAGGUAUCAUCACUUAAGGCCCUAUAGGAAAGUUAAGGCUUUGGCUUUCUGAGUCUUUAUCAUGACACUUAUUUAAAGAACCCAUGGGGUGGUGGGGACAACUGUCUAUGACUUUCUAACUUGCUUUUCUUUUUCUCUAUGAAGUAGUGGGGCCUUGGUUUAUUAUCAUUCUCCACCUCCUUCUCACUCUUUCUUCCGACUCACCUCCCCCAGGAUUUUGUGUCACCUCGUCUAGCUCUGGCCUGACAAUCAGACUGGUAGAUGGUUUCAGGGAAGUAAGUUAGUACUGGUUUUUUUAUUUUAUUUUAUUUUAUUUUAUUUUUAUUUUUAUUUCUAUUUUUUAUUUUAUUUUAUACAUUAAAAAAAAAAAAACCUAAAACUACCAAUAGCCUUGUACUGGGGGAUUCAAGUGAGUCGGAAAAGUACUGGGCAGAUUUUUCCUGCCUCUGAACUAAUGCAUUGUUUGUAAAAUAGAAGAUGUGGUGCAGUUCUUCACCCACUCUCUGCUGCCCACACCCUAAAAAGGUGGAAAUCAAUGUAGUGAAAUUGAGUACGAAAGGGAACUCAAAGGACUGUGUGUGCGUGGGUGUGUUUGUGUAUGGGUGUGUGAGUGGAUGUAUAUAUGAACGUCUGUAUAUGCAUACACAUACCCUUUAUAUAAAAAGACAGAUCUAUUUAUACAUAUUUUAUAUAUAUAAAUGUGUAUGUGUGUGUGUGUGUGUAUGUAGAGAGAGAGAUCUAUGCAUGCACACAUACAUACAUACAUGGUGAUGUCCCAGAGGAUUUACUGAAAUUUCCCAGAAAUGCUUCCACUGCUAUGGAGUGGUGGGUUUCAAAGACCACACUUUACAAUUCUUACUAAGUCACAGCCCGUCAUGGUUAUGAGAAGAUGGGCUUAUCUAAAGCAGACAAAAAGUACUUUCCAGAGAUUGCCUGUUCAGAACAACAAACAGUUGGGUUGUCACAAGCUUAAUCUUGGACAGAGCCUUCACAUCCCAUAUGGUGAAAACAGGAGGCUGGAAUGGGACUAGAACAAGUUGGGCAUUUCCUUGUGAAGGAGCAGCCUGACUCAGAGAGAGAAGGGGGAUGGGAGGUGAUUACCAGGUCUUGCAGCCAGUUAGGAGGAAAUCGCAUCUGCAACUCCAGGGUCUAAGUGUCCUUAGGCUGGAAUUGAUUACCAUGAAUCCCUACAGGAGAGAGGACCAGCGAUGGAAA